UUCAUAUUUUACCAUGUAAGUGAAAUGUUAUUUUGCACUAAACAAGCAUUUAGUGCAUUAAAACAAGUUGUUUACCUUUCCAAUAAAACGAAAGUUGACUGACACAGACAACAAUUAUGCGAAGGGGAACAACUCGAUACAAUCGUAAUAGCUCGGCCUCCUCCGACAAAGCUUUGAGAUAGACCUCGUUAUACAAUCGUAACAACUCGGCCAUGGCCGAAAUGUUCCGAGGGAUUUAAAACUGUGCCCUAAAGCCUUGCAGGUGCCCUUCAUGUAUAUAUCGUUAUGUUUUGACAGAAUGAAAUGAAAAAAAGCCGUCAAACUCAUAAUUAUAAGUUGGAUAUUUAUUUUUUUGUGUACGAAACUAAUAUAAAAUAACAUUAUCUGAGGAAUAGAAAAUCACAUGCAGAGAAGAUGCAGGAAUACAGGGUGCGCAAAAAGGCGAAACUUGGAGAACAGUGGUAUGAAAAGGAGGCUGAGAGAUUAAGGAAACGGUACGUACCAGUAGCACAACUGUCAGAAGAAGAAAAGAAAGAAAGGCGGUUGAAGUCAAGUAUUUAUACCCAGAGGUACAGACAGAGGAGGAAGCUGGGAUUUCUACCCCAGAACUCAACACGAACACUGCGGUCAAGUAUGAGUGAGGUGAAGGAUGAGGGAGAAUGCAGCAGUGAGAACAGUUUGUCUUCUUUUUCAGGCCAGGCUCAGGGAUCAGGUUACGUGUUUAGCAAUCAGAGUCAUGACGUUUAUCUGUGUGGGAGAGUGCGUGACAUGCUGCGAAAUGGAUGUCUGUGUGAUGCAGCCAUAGAAGUUGGCAGUCGGGUCUUUAAGGCCCACAAAGUGGUGUUGGCUGCUGGCAGUUCAGUGUUCCUGAAUAUGGCCACAAGCCUACCAGACUGUGGUCAGAUGUUGGUAAGACUGCCAGUGGAGACAGACAUCCCAUCUCUUGAGGUGAUCCUUGACUACAUGUACACUGGAAGGGUCCACCUGUCUUCCACAAACUGUCAGGAUGUGCAUAAACUUGCUGACCUCUUUGACAUUAAACAGCUGGUUGAGUGGUGCAGCAGAGUUGAUAGUGGUCUGGCAUUAGGCGGCUGUACCAGUGAGGACUUGGGCUCUGCAGGAUCAGAGUCAGACAGUGGUGAGGCGAGUCUUAAAAUUAACAAAGUAGUUCAAUCAAGGGUUAGAGGCCUUUCGUCUGGGUUAAAAGGUGGUAGGGGCAGGGGAAGGGCAAACUCAAGGAGUUCAAGUACAGUUCAAAUGCCUCUAAAGAGAUCUGUGAGUCCCGAACAAAGUUCAUCAUUUUUACUUACUUCUACUGAAAAUAACCAUUUGACAACUGUAAAACAGUCAAGUUCUUCCUACAAAGGAGUUGGACGUCCACGAGGUAGGGGGCGUGGCAGGCAGAGGGGUGGAGGGAGAGGGCUGGAUAGGGGGCAGACAUCUAAACUCAUAUACGAGAAAACUGGCAGUCACUCUGGGACUGGACAAGACAUUAAUAACUCGUAUGAAGACCUUCCUUUUGACAUGGAUACUCCAAGGAAAGCUAAUAUAAAGGCUAAGAUAGUUACAAGUGAAAUUCUAAGAAAAAAUGAUGAUAUUCAUUCCAAGGAUGUAAAGCAGAUGUCUUCGCUAUCUUCUGCCAACAAGCGAGGAAGAGGAGGAAAGAGCAGAGCUGAAAUCCAGAGAGCUUACAGAGAAAGAAAAAUAGCAGGCAUGACAGAAAAACAACUGCAGGAACAUAGGAAGAAGGAAGCUAAAAGGGUGCGGCAGGGCAAGUCUGAAAGAGACGGUAUUGUGCAGAAGGGGAGGGGUCGUGGAAGGGGCCGAGCAGGACUGAAAGUGAAGCUGGGACAGGGUAGAGUUGCCAUGAAAACCAGCUCUAAAGGCAUUACUGGUAGUGUGAAGCAGGAACCAGAGACCAUAGAGAGGGCAGAAGACUAUAAGAUACUGAGGAGGCGAAUCCGGGACAGAGUAAAGAUGCAGCGUUGGCGGAACAAAAGGAAGAAUGACAUCAGCUACAUUCUGAAGGAGCGCGAGAGAGCCAGGAAAAGAUAUGUUCCAAGAAAGCUUCUAAGUGCUGAAGCUUUGGAAGACAUUCGAGAGAAAACAAGAAACCAGCAGCGUAACUACCGCAUAAAGAAGUGCCUGCGAACCCUUGAAGAAGAGCAUGGUGUUCAGAUCUACACAGAGAAUGCCGCAGCUGAAGUGGAGGGGGAUGCUCUGUCACAGGGUUAUUUAUUGCAAGUGACAGCCGGUGAUGGGGACUUAAAUGUUCCAAGAGGCAGUGAGAGUAUUCAAAAUGUGAUACAAAGUGUAAUUGUUACACCACAGCUACAUGAUCUUCCACAAACUGUUGUAGUGGAAAACACUCCUGAUAUGGACAAUACUGCAAUGCAAGAGCAAACUUCUGAGCCUAGCAAUUCCAUUCCCAUGAUUUCCAGUAUCUGUAUAAAACAAGAAGCUCUUCAUGACCUACCUGAAGAAGACAGUCAGUUUGUUCCAACUUUCAGUGAGGUGGACAUGGUACAACUUUCCACACAGUGUGAUGACAUGUCUGGGAGUGGUGUGAGUGAACCAUCAGUGACACCUGCAGGUAGUGUUCAAACUUUCGUUAACAUGUAAGAUGAUCAUUGUGACAUUCCAGCUUAUGGUUUAGAGGCAACAGCUGAAAGUGUGGACACACAACUGGAUAUUUUUGACACACCAAAUGAUAAUGGUGAUGCGCUAGCUGAUAGAUUAAAGGCUGGUGAUGCCACACCAUGCAAUGUAGGGGAAAUGCCAAGGAGUGGUGAUGUGACACCAGUGGACAUGGAGUAAUAAACAUUGUGUCAUGCUCUGACUUAUAUACUUAUAUAUUUAGAAAAUAUCAAUAAAUUAACCAAUUGUCCUAUUACUUAGUUACUGUUAGUGUGAAAACUACAGCUAUCAUUUAAUUUGUGUCAUUAUCAAAAUAAAACUUGUUAGAGUUUAUGACCACAUUAUGUUCAAUUUACAACUUUAUGUGUGUUAUGCAUUCUGGCUUAAAAGAUUGAAAGGCGGUAAAAAUAAAAGAAUAGAUUUAUGUCCCAAGUAAAAUUAUCAUUGUAAGGAAUGUGUUAUUCUUGAAAGUGCCUUAUGUUUACCUCAUCCUCUAUAGAGUAUAGGAUUUUAUGUAUAUGCUUUUUUUACAGCAUUUUAGUGUUUGAUAUUGUUUCUGCUUGUUUAAAUAUUAAGAACUGUCUUAUUGUAAAGCUUUAUAUUACCUAACAUAUUGAUCCAGAUUUGUAUACAGUAUGUUGUCAUUAAAAAUGUGCAUUAACUUAAAUUUAUUUUUGAUUUCUGACCAUUCAAGACCAGUGUGCUGAUGUCUCCAUCCAUACUGGGAGAACAAUUUCUCCCACCUCAGAUAAGUAGAUCCAAUAAUUUAACCAUGCUAGAUAUUCUUAUCUUGCCCACGGGCGAAGAUAAAAUGCCCGUAUGGAACUCCUUUUACCACAUUGUAAUUACCUCUCCUUGUUGAAGACUGUCAUCAUAAGCGUCAAGGAAAUCUUGUCUUAUGGUAAUAUUUAGAAUGCUAAUUAAUUAUUUCUCGCUUCAAAUGUCGCCAUAAAAAAGUUUUCAGGCACCAUUCAAGAAAUAAUGCUUCAUUCUCCUUAGAACUAUUUAAAAAGACCGAUUUGACUAUUAACAUUAACUGGAUCACUGCGCGUAUAUCCAUGGCAACCACGUGCUAUCGCAUAUCCAUACGCAAUUAUUUUCACUAAGCAAAAAAGAGUUCCAGCAAAAAAUACAUUUUUACUUAAUUUUGUUUAACUGAGGUGGAAGAAAAAGCAUCUACCAUAGCCACUCGUAUA